GCAUUUUUUUUGUUUUUGUAUUUUCACAAACACUUUUUAAACUCGGUCUGCUAUGAAUAGAUUCCAAGUUUCUUGGUCGACCUAAUCGAGAUCUGUCUUCGAAAGUUUUUAGUUAUAUGUAUGUAUCUAUUUAUAAUAUGUAGGACAGUUGAUUGUGAUUUAUCAGCUGUUUGGCUAUUUUUCUAGGGAACUGACCUUGAUCUCUUAAUCGAAGAAUUAGUUGGCUGAAUUGCAACGUUUUUACAUUUUUUCUUAUCUAAACAUCUCGAGCCCAGUUGCUGAUAACUUGUAUGUAUAUGUAGAUGAAAAACCAAAUGCAUUCCAGGGUCCUGUUGAGUACUGCUAUUCUGUUGAAAAUGAACCAAGAUGCGUAAGAAAUCUUUAUGUUUCAAACAUUUUUUCGACGAGUAUCACUAUUGUCGAAACUACAUAGAAUAAUUGCUAUACACACUGUAUGUAUUUAUAAUUUAUAAAUCGCUCCACCUUUGCCACGAUGUCAUAGGUGGGCAAUAAAAACAAUUAAUCUUUUCAUUGCUGUUAAGAAACUUGUUACUGUAUAAUUUAGUGCAAGCCCUACAAUGCUUCAUUAAAAUCAAAGUUAAAACGGUUACUACCAUAGUGGAUGCGCGCGCAAGAUGUAAAUCAUCAAAAUCUGCAAAACUGUAAGAGAGUUCUCAUCGGAAAAUGGCUCCGACCGUUUGCCUGUCGGAACUGCCAGUGGUAAGAAAACCGACGAUCCCGUGUUCCCGUCGACGACAAAAAGUAUCCAGCGGAGCAAUUGCGAAGCAACAGAAAUUCGAGCUGAGAAGAAUAGAAAUGAAUGCGCCACGACGCGAAGAUGCGUCUUUAACACCGCCGGAAAGUCCUCUUUGGGAACCGGAAUGUCCCAACGACUCGUGCAUCCCAACCAUCGUCAGUUCUUCGUCUCCGAACGUUUCUGCCCGAAUCCCGGCGGACAUAGAAGGACACUGGAGAGUGUUUCUGGCGCGGCGGAAAGGUCUUCUGGACAUCGUGGUGCGCACAAUGGCCCUGGUGAGACGGAACAACGUCCUUCAAGAAAGGGUGAACGCACUGAGCGCGGAGACACGUGACUUCAUCCACUCGGUGCUGAAUAAUCCCGAGAACAAGUGCGUACAACAGAGACUGGAUGCGUCGGAUUGCAAGAACGCGGACGUGUCGUCCUCGACGGAGAAAACUGUCUCAAGAGAGUCUUUCCCACCAACUCCAGACACUACCUAUUCUUCGUCCAACGACGUCACGUCCAGUUGCGGUAGCAGCGAACGCGACACCGAAGAAGAGUUCUCGUCCGAAGACGACGAAUCGUAAACCUCGAAUCUGCGCACGUGCAAGAGGACGAGGCGAUCCCUAAGUGGAAUCGAAGGAAACGAAAUACAUAUUGCUAAAUGUUUGCUCGCUCGAUCGUUGAAAAUCGGACAUUUCAUGAUACAAUCGCUUCUUCAUUACGUAAAACAGAUCGGAAUUCUCACGUUGAAAUUUAUCCUCGGAAAAUGGAUGGCUUUCCAGCGAUAUGACGGACGUAUGUAUGCAGGAUCAUUUUGAGCAGUAACAACGAUUUUUUUUAUCUCAAAAUACCUAACCUCAAAACUGUUGACGAUACUGAAAACUGUUUCGGGCAAAAGUUCGGGAAAAGUAAUGGUUUCGGGACAACUAUAAUCUGAUAUAAUUUUUUCCUAUAUGUAUAAUGUAGGUUGUAAUAUCAACAUCUAUGUGAACACGACAUAUUAAGUGUCACGUAUAUUAGCUACACAUCUUUCACUGUUAUCUGAAAAUAUUUAUUUUACCAAUUCAUGAAGAAAUAUUUUUUAUUUAUGUUUCAUAGAAUUCUAUGAAUAGAAACAAGAAUCUUAGAAUUAAAUUUUUUGUCCGAAGUUGUGUAACAAAACCACGAACACUAAUCUCAAUGCCUUGAGCCUUAUUGCAUAGUGUAACUUAUAAUUAUGAUAAAAUUACUGCCUUUGCAGAAUGCUUUGAAAAGUCGUAAGUUUGCCAAAAGUUAGAUAGAGACACAGUUGGAAAGUAAGCUCUUUGUUGUUUCUGUGUGAUUCGUCUAAACAGGACCGUGACAAGCAGGAACAGAAGGGGCACGUGCCCCUAAAUGCCUUAUUCUUCUAUCAAACGAACAUAUGACAAUUAAUUGAAGAUGGUAGUGUAUGUGUAUCUACUUACAAGAAAAAAUAAGUAAACACAUAUUCGAACUUUUCUGCACAUGCUCAUUAUUUAUAAAGAUAUUUAAUAUUUCAUUUUUGAAUUAUUGCGUUGAGCUUCAAAAUAUGCUGGGCAUGGCCUUGCUUUUAAGGAAAAAUUUUCUAAGAAAUAAGCACGAUCUAGUCAAAAUGAACCUGCAUCCGCUGAAGAAGGUUAAUUAGCGAAAAUAGAGGGGAAAGAAGAAACGAGAGGAUUUGGAUACUGUAGAAUAGAGUUGCAAUGUUAUAUGUUAAAUACAAAGGAAGUUUCGUUUUUAUCGUUCCGCGUAGAAAUCGUUGAAAUUAUUAUAGUCGGAUUAAGCCGAGUCUAACAAGUUAUUACAAAAUUUACAAGCGUAUUCUACAUCUCAAACGUAAGAACAAUGUUUAAAUAAACGUGGAUCAACAAACUAGUUAUAACUAAAGUACGAUCACUUUAAAUCGAAGCACGAAUUAUACAGGUUGUUUCAGGUUUUAAUGAUCAAACUUUGUCAGUAUGUUCUAUAGUCUUUCAAAGUUUUAUUAAACAAUUAUGAAAAAAAAUACGAAAUACUAAGGGAACAGUAUCGAACUUACAAUUAUUACGAUACAAUGUUUAUACGAGGUAUGUUUACUGUCUGAAGUCUUCAAAGAAUGUAGGUACGAUACUUUUAAUAUUUAGAAAAAUAAUUAAAACUCCGUUCUAAAAUACUCACAGUACUUGACAGUACAAGAUUAACAGCAGUCGAAAAUUGUAUUUGUUACCCUACAAAUUUCAUUUUUAUUUUGUAGCAUUUGAUUAACAAUAAGUAUAUUAUUAAGUUUUCAUAACAAUUCAUUAUGUGAAUUUAUGUGUAUUUAUUCUUAUUUAAUUCACUUUUACUUUUAAAGUUCCCCACAGAUAAAAGUUAAAUGACACAGAAUUGGGUGAUCUAGGUGACUAAAAUAGUUUCAAACAUGACAGUUGAUAGUUCUUCACAGUAGUAUGACAACCUCGUAUAAUAAAUACAACUCUCAUAAACAGGCUAAAUGUAAAAUUACUGAUCUGUUCUUACAUUCUAUCGCAGUAUACAAUACUGUUCCCAAUACUAUCAAUAUGUCCACUACUCCCUUUGAAUUUCGUAUUUUUGUCUUAACUUUUUAAUAAAACUUUAAAUAACCUAUGUUUAUAUAAUAGUUUUUUCUUAAUCCUAUAGGAUAUACUGGCAAAGUUGUAUACAUAUAAAGUAGCUUCGGAGUUAGCAUAAGAAACUGGAACAAAUAAAAAGAAAUUUAACAAUAAUUUUUUAGCAAAUCUGCUGUUAACACAAGAUAUAAAAUUCGAUCGAUCGAGUCACUUGGAUUAGAUACUAAUAAGUAACAUUACAAGUGGAACAAACAUUUAAAAAAUAUGCAUUUUGUAAAUCCACAUUUAUUGUGAUCUUUUCUUAAUUUUGAGAUAUAGAAUAAAUUUUAAUACCCCUUUAAACGUGCAUUAUAUUUUAUAACAAUUAAUAUGCCUAUAAAUAAAGAUUGGGGUUUGUCAUUUAGUUUUGCAUAUCAUGUUUGCUAAAGAUUCGACCUAUGGAACUUAUAGAAAUAAAAAGUAGAAUUUCAAGAAAAGAUUGUAUAAAAUUGUAUGUAAUGUAUAGUAGAUCGAUCGAAAAAAAUCAUUUUCUCAAGCAGAUUUCACUGAAUUCAUUGAAAACGUCAAGCUAGUUUUUUCUUUGCAAAAAAGAAACAUCAGUAGUCUGUGAACUCUAUCCAUUUAAUUUUUAUGAAGAAAAAAACUGCAAAAAGAAUUGCGUUGUACUGACUCGAUGUUUAGAAUAAGAACUAUCAAAUGGUUAAUGAUAGUAUUCGAAUUGAAGAAGCUUAUGUAUCAGUGAUAUAGUUGUGUAAAAGACUAAAAAAAAAAAACAUCGUAUCCGAACAACGUAAUUUGUAAUAUACUGUGGCGUGCUAAGUGGAAUUAUCAGAAUUAAUUAGUAACAUUAAAUAUUCAUAUUUUGAUUAUGGGGUCCAUUGAUGGCAGAGCAUUAGCAUAAAUGUAUUUUAUUCGGUAAAAUGCAAAAUUAUAUCGAUUUGACUCUCACGUCGAAAUUUUCUUCUAACAUUUAUUUAUUCGUGAGCCAAUGUGAACUAAAUUGCUCUGCAAAUUCAUGGCUGUGAAAUUUGGUAUUUGCACAUGUAAUUUUACCUUUUUCUCUCUCUCUUUCUGUCUCUCUCUUAUUUGCGGAACAAUGUUUUUUUGCUAGAAGAAACACUCUCAUAAAUGAAAAGUUGCGUAUCUUUUUGAACAAAAAGUAUCUUUAAACAAUCGAACGUUUUCGAUUAAACGAAUAUAUUAAGGAAUUAAUAAUUAUAUUGCACAUAAUUAGUAAUAUAACCUU